AUGGCUGAUCCUGGAUUUCCAAGUCAACAUACUACAACUACUACUGUCACGAAUACAGAAAUUAUCUCAAACCUGAGAUAUGACAAUGCAUAUCUAUACACACUAGAAGGAAAAUUGAAAAUUGCCCAAAUUGUGUUUGUUUUAUUAAGUCUUAUCGCAGUGUCAUUCUCUACAUACAGUAUGUGGUAUCAAAACAGCGCUGUCACAUCAAUAUCAAUGUUUGGAUUUUGGUUUUCUUUAUUCAUGUUGGUAUUCUAUAUAUUUCAUGUAGUUGAGUGUUUUUAUAAAAUACCAUGGCUUAAAAUUGAGAUGAUUUUUGAUGUUUGUUGGCCAAUACUUUACCUUUUAUCAGCAUCCUCUGCAGCGGCUUAUACUGGUUUGCAUCUUAGCUACAUGAUAAGUUUGUUAUUUGGAUUUGCUGCAAUGUUUGCGUAUGGAUAUGAUGCUUUAUUGAAAUAUCAAGCAAUACAACGUGGAGAAAUUGCACAAGGAAAUAUAGCUGUUCAUAAACAAACAACUACAUCAACAGCAUCAUACUGA